AUGCCCCGAGACGUCUCGAAUGCCGUGCAGACUGCACCUAAUCAACGCUUCCAUACCUUCCGAGUAUCCAAGAGCACGAGUUCAUCAGGAGCCCGGAAGCGAGCAAAGUUCGAUCCGAAACGACGAGAGGAAGUCAAGGCUGUGAGACAUAAGCGGAGUUGUCUGCGGUGUGCACUUCUCAAGAUCAAGUGCUCUGACGAUGAUCUCUGUACUACGUGUGAGCAGUUGGUUUUUGUGAACCAGAGUCAUGAGAGAAAGACGUUGUCGUUUUCUGGAUGCAUCAGAACUAGGCUCAAGGAGGUCAGCGUGUUUGAAGUAUGUUUCUCGUCACCACAAGAUGGAUGCAACCUUGAUGAUACAGCUCUAGAUCCAACUCUCGCCGCCAUCUCUCUCGAGUUUGGAGCUCAUGUGACCUGGGAUCUCGAGGCACUAGUCGGCGAUAUCGUCGAAUGGCUGAGCAAUCCAACGGAGUCGCAGACAAGCAAAGUGGGAACGUUAUCUUCUCCUCAAUUUCUGAAUCUUGUUCGCAAUUCGGUUGAAGACAAAGGUGCAAGCCAAUUCCAACGGAUGAUGUACGCCACAUCUCGUGCCUACACACGCUAUAAUGGGCCCCUUCUCACAGCUCAAGAACUGUCCAAACACGGAUCAGUAGCUGGACAUCACUUUCUCACAUAUCUGGACGAGAAGCUGAAGCCAACUUACUUGGCGAAGUCCACGGUGAACCAGCUGCAGAUUCUAUUCCUGUGGGUCUUCGGAACGAUUCUUGCUGUGGGAUAUGCUGGACUGGAAUGCGCCACAUCAGAAGUCCGUCAGACUUUCUCCCUGAUGCAGAAUCACCUGUGUCAGAUACUCGCUCACUAUCUGAUAUACAUUGGUUCUCAUCUCGGUCUUUCUCUCAAAUCGAGUAUGGAUCGAUUCAUACUCGAGACUGCUUUAAUGAGGUGGCAUGGAGAGGGACGUUACGAGUGGAAGCCAUCGGUUACUCAUGAGGUGUGUGACUUUUCAGCCGAAAGCCUGCAACGGGAGUGUCAUGAUGUCGCUACGCGGCCCCUCCCUGCCUGCAGUGCAAUUGUCUCCAAAAUCCGCGAGUUUCGCCAUUUCGAUUCCUGCCCCCGAUGUACUACACACUGGCCAAAAUCUCAUACGGACACCGAAGAACAAUUUCCGGCAAACAGUGAGAGGGAUGCAUUGUUUGAUCUGGAUGACUGGUUGCAAUUUGACAAUCCGGACAUCAACUGGUCGUCAACUGACACUUCUUCUUUGGAGCCAAGUGAUUUACCUUCCGGAAGCGAUACAUCCUGGUAUGAAAACCCAUGGCCAGACGGUGAUUCACAGCUAUACCAAGCCCCAAUAUGCAGCCCAGGUGAAAGGCCACUCCAUGUGCAGGACGAGAGUGGCCAGCUCGAGCAGAAGUCCGAAUACAGACCCCCGGAGUGUGAUAAUAUGUUAAGGCCUGCUUGCCUUUACGUAUCAGGCAGAAAGAAGCCACGCUCGCCUCGACCUAAAGCCAGUGUGGGCUGCAUGAGGUGUAAAAUAUCUCUCAGUCAUGCUGGCAACAGUAGGGCCUGCAAGAAAUGUGUUCGUUGGAAUGAACAGCCCAGGGCAGUGGUUGAGGACCAAUAUCUGCUUAUUUGA